AUGUUUUGUCAACCGUCGAAGAAGAAGAAGAAGAGCGGAAGCCAGGGAGCGGAAUUCAAAAGAGAAGCAUGAGUUUGUCCAGUGGCCAUUCUCCUCCCCCAUCUCCUCUCCCGGUCCCUCUCCCCUUCUCCUCCUCUCCCUCCCUGACGUGUUGUCCUGAACUCAACCUAUCGGUCACACUCGGCCUCCCCCCUAAGACCGGCCAAUCACUACCCAAGAAACUGAAACAGGGUCAGCAGAGUGAACGAGCACAGCUGAAGCACAACCCUAAAGGACAGAAAGACAGGAAGAGGAACAGACAGGUAUGUUGUAAAGAGGCAGUCAUCACAGUAACACCAGAGCCUGACAUCGACUCGAGCAGUGACGCCCCGUUUGAGGACUGGCUGAGAGGCCUCAGACAUGUGGUGGAACCUCCUGCUCCAACAUCCACUCACGACCUGAGCUGUCUGGAGAGGGCGGAGCUAAACACCACCCUGGCUCUGAAGACUCGGCUUCAGUCACUGCAGGACGCUCAGUUUGACUCCCAGAGGGCAAUUCAGCAAACUCUACAGAAGUCAGAGAGCACGAAGAAUCGCAUCAAUGCUAGAGCUACUGAAGAGGUGAACGUCUCUCGCUCUCAGGUUCUCUUCACUUCGUUGGUCAGCGUGGAUGUGCAGGAGGAUCAGCUGAUAACCCAGUUGCUCCAAGAUAAGCUGCUAGCUCCACCUUCCCAGUGCCGCGGAAGGAGGAACAUUAAAGGACCCUCCUCCCUGUUUUUCAUAACCUCUGACCUGCUCAGGCAAAAGCCCCUUUCACCAGAGGAGGUCCCGUUCAGCCGUAAGCUCUCCACAUCAGCUUGCCCCGCCCACGCGACUUUUGACCUGUACAGACGGCAGCAGUCCUGGGAGACGACGCCCUGACGGGAGACGAUGCCCUGACGGGGGACGACUGCCGACUGGGAUAAAGAUGGAUGUAGCCACUGUGACGCUGGCCGUUAGAGCUGAAACUGGAGGUGAUGAGUGAGGGAAGGCUGACCUGUGAAGGUUUUCCAGAGUUGGUAGACCCGCCCGCUGUGAUGUCUUCAUGUCAGAAGUGACGUCACAUUUGCUUUUGUUCCACAUUUUUGUAUCUCUUUCCUCUCAUUGUGACGAUAUAUCAGUGCAGACGCUCGGGGCCUUCCAAAGUAAAGGAGAUGACUUUGUGUCCUCGACGUGUUUUUCAGACGCAGCCUGAGAUUUACUGCAGGUAAAGACAUGCUUAGUAAACACAUUUACUGAUCUAUUUAGCUAAAAUCAUUUCAGGAUAAAGUGGUCAAAGUGUAUUUGUUGUAAAUCUUUCAUGUAACUAUGUAAAUGAAAACAUGUUUCCUUAGAAACGGAUAGAAAACGAUAACAAUUGAUCUUAGCGUGAAAAAAACAUUUUCCCCUGUGUGCGUGUGUGCGUGUGUGCGUGUGUGUGCGUGUGUGUGCGUGUGU